AUGUCUAUCUCAAGUGAUAUGCCAGUCAUUUCAACUCAAACAAAAACUACUCUCCCUGUCCUCCAUUCUACCAGAUCUCUCAUCAAAAGGGAGAAGUAAUACUCAUUAGAUGUUAUUUCAAAAAAUCAAAAAGGAAAGUAAACAAUAAAGAAGAAAAUCAAACGUAAAAGACUUUUCUCUGGAUCAAAACGUACUGCUAGCAACUGUAGGGGUCGAAUUCAACAGUCAGAAACCUUUUCUCUCAACGAAGAUCGCUUAAUACUCUCGUCUGUAAUAAAAUUAGGUCCUAAAUUCAAAGUGAUUUCCUCCUACUUCCCUUAAAAGUCCUUAAGUGCUGUCAAAAAUCGUUACUAUAAGCAUUUGAGAUAUCGUUGGGUUCAAAUUAUGGGCAAGGAUUUCGAAAGUUUAUUGAGGGAAAACCAAUCAAUCAUAAAGCAGGACGAUGAAAUUGUAGAUACUGCAGAGCUCUUCCCAGAGUUAAAAGAUAUUUUGAAAAAUAUGAUAACAAAUAUCAAAUCUUUAACUUAAUCAUGA